CCGGCCUCUGCACAGCUGCCGGCUCCGUGAGCGCGGCGCUCGCUCCUUUCCCCCUUCCCCUCCUCGCUCCUGCACCUCGUCCCUCCCGGCUGCCCUCCGCCUCUUCUCCUUCCCCACCGGGGGCGUAGGGACCAUGUCGGACUCGGAGGAGGAGGAGAGUCCGGACCGCCAGCUCAAGCUAGUGGUGCUGGGGGACGGCACCACUGGCAAGACAUCCUUAGCCACACGUUUUGCCCAAGAAACAUUUGGAAAACAGUACAAACAAACCAUAGGACUGGACUUCUUCUUGAAAAGGAUAAUAUUGCCAGGAAAUUUGAACGUUACUCUUCAAGUGUGGGAUGUAGGGGGGCAAACGAUAGGAGGCAAAAUGCUGGAUAAAUAUAUUUAUGGAGCUCAGGGUAUUCUCUUGGUUUAUGAUAUUACCAAUGGCCAGAGUUUUGAAAAUUUAGAAGACUGGUAUAAUGUGGUAAAAAAAGUGAAUGAAGAAUCAGAAACACAGCCACUUGUGGCCUUGGUUGGAAAUAAAAUUGACUUGGAGCAUAUGCGCACAGUGAAAGUUGACAAGCACCAGCGAUUUUGUCAGGAAAACAAUUUCAGUAGCCAUUUCGUGUCGGCCAAGACAGGAGAUUCUGUCUUCCUGUGUUUUCAGAGAAUUGCUGCUGACAUACUUGGCAUCAAAUUAAACAAAGCAGAAUUGGAACAAUCACAGAGGGUGGUGAAGGCAGAUAUUGUCAACUACAGUCAGGAGCCUGUGACAAGAACCGUUAAUCCUCCUAGAAGCUCAAUGUGCGCAGUUCAAUGACCAUGCUAUUCUUCUCCGUUUUGUUACCUUUGGCGGUCCUCCUACCUUCACACAGGCUCUGGGAUUACCAGGAACUUUGUUUUGACAGUGACCAUCGCAACAAUGCAAUUAGAGGUUUCAAAAACGUGUUGCACCAUUGUAUAUUGAGAAGCAGCAGGCAGUUUUUUGACUGACUGAAAUUCAAACAUGAGACCACACACUCUGAAAAAUUAAGAUCUAUAUUCUUUUAAAUUAAUUUAAAUAAAGCAGUGUAACUGUG